GUUCAACAGAAGCAGGGCUUGCUUUGGUGAGCGUGUGAUUUUCAUGGAUUUUCAUUUCGCGAUUCGUUGUUGCAAAAAAUUGUCAAAAAUAAUUCAGCAGCCAUGGAAGUUUUUGCAGUGCUGUUAAAACAUUAGUAAAUUCCAUCAUUUUACGGUCUAGUUUGGCAUAAUUUAGUGCUCCAGAUUACCCGACAGGCUGUGCAAUAUAGUGCUAUCAUAUUGGUGCACGACAUCAAACAGAAGAUAUACAUAUAUAUAUUCCUGCAGGCGGUUAAUAUAUUUCGAGCAGACUCGGGACCAAACCAUAGUUGAUAUUGUGCUAAAGCAGCCGAGAUAUCUAAGUAACAACCUCCAACAUGACCGAUUUCACCGAUGAUCUGGAAAAUUGGAUGGGCAAGCUUCCGCCGGAGCUGAGAGCAGUUCCCAUAAUAAACCUGGCUAUUCCGGGAUCGCAUGACACCAUGUCGUACGGGAUCAAAAGGAAGUCCCCGGUGGCACCCGAUGCGGAGCCGGUCGUUGAAACGUUGAACAAGUUCAUACCAUGUGUGGUUCGACGCUGGGCCAUAACGCAGCGCUAUGAUGUGAUGGACCAGCUGAAGAGCGGAAUCCGAUAUUUCGAUCUAAGGAUUUGCAUGAAAAGGCCGGAGAACAAGUUCUACUUCGUGCACGGACUUUUCUGCGAGGAAGUUACAGAACCCCUAGAACAAUUAAAAGACUUUCUCCGAACCCAUCCGCGCGAAUUUGUCGUUCUAGAUUGCCAACACUUCUACCUUUUCAAUCCGACAGAUCACUGCGUUCUUUCAGCAGAGUUGAACAGAAUUUUUGACAAGAAAAUUUACUCUCGCAACGUGAACCAACUCAAGGACUGUACACUGGAAUCAGCAACAGGGAAUGGUCAACAGGUGCUAAUUGUGUAUCGAAGCGACGCGUGCGUAAAUGAUCGUUUCUGGUUGAGUCAGGACUGGCCGACUCCAUGGCCGAACGAAGUCAAAGUAAAACAGCUAAGGCAGUAUCUUGAUGAGAGUUUGACACAACGCAAUCCGGACGCUGGUUUCGUCUCGCAGUGUGUUCUCACGCCCAGCGUUCGAUACAUAGUUCCUAGAUUUAUGUCUUCGUUACGUGCAACGUGUGCCAAGGAAGUGGACAAAAAACUCUCGGAUUGGAUCAAAUCCCAAACACCCGGUCCCUUUGGAGCCGACGAUAAACCAAAGUCAAAUGUAUUCCUGGCGGAUUUUAUCGAUAUUCAAAACAGCAACUUCUGCAAGAUUGUCAUAAGUUUGAACAAAAAAAUUCUGGAUAAAAAUAGUAGUGCGCAAAGCUCUCCAUCUAGGAAAAGUAUGUAAGUAGUCAAGUCAGCAAGGCACUAAAAUCAGUGAAAUGAUUGCAACACAUUUACUUAUCAAGUAUCUACUCAAUAAUCUACCGUAUCUCUACAAUACACAUAUUAACAAAACACUGAACUGAUCUAGAUAGAAACUUCCACUUAAGACUCACUAACGAAAGUUUUUUUUUGGAAACAAUCAGUUUUUUUUAGUAAAAGUUAAUUAAAUUGCUUAAAAUUAUUCAUCUUUAUUAGCACGAAAAUUGGCUACCUGAAUCUUGAAUUCUUGAUUACUUUUUUAAAUCGACGUAAGUAACUUUCAUACGGUUUUGAGAAAGUUAAUUAAGAAGAAUCACAACCUUUCUUCUAAAACUGUUUUAAAAUGAAUCACCUUUUUAACAUUUUUUUACCGUGUAUAUCGCUUAAAUUUUGCAUGCAAUCAGCUCGCGUUAAAACACUACUUUCGUCGUUUUGUAAAUCCGGAAAUUAAACUAAAAGUGAAAAAUCAAGUUGGUUUAGAGCGGAACGUGUAGAAUUUCGUCUGCGAAACACGUAGGAUUGAUAAAGUAAGUUUGUUAAAUUUUCUGACUUGAGUCAGUUUGAAUAAGUCUUCGAGAAUUGAUAGUCUCAAUUUAAAGAAGAAUUGCCAUUCGAUAACAUAUACUAAUGAUGGCCAGCAAACGAUUAUUUCAAUCGAUAUUAACUCUACUAGCAGUAUACCAUUACGUUAGAAACUCAAACAUCAACGUGGUCAAAAACGGCAUUUUUCAUUUCAAUCAAAAUUUGUAUUUCGUUGUAACAUAAAAGAACUUGUGUAUUUUCGGCAGCUUGUCAAAAGGGUUUUUAUCGCCAGAGUUGUUCGAUAUUUGAUAGUGGUCCGUAACCGGUCGUUUGAGAACGUCGCGACCCAUUGGAAGCCCGCACUAUACAAAUUUCGCCCAGCCCGUCGUUGGUGAGUAGUGUGUGGUCUUUUAAUCAUUAUUAAAUGUCAUGAAUUUCACGUGACUUUGACAUUUGAAUAUUGCUAAUAAAAGACAAUUUACACCGUCUUCAGCCAUAGGCUGCACAGACUGAACAUAACUAACAUUAGACAACGGACACACGGAACGACCAGUGGACCAGUGAAGAAUUUUUCGUUUGACGAAAAGUUUUCUUCGACUGGGGCGGGAAUCGAACCCACACGCCGUAGCACAAUACGCCUAUACGACUGACGCCGCUAACCGCACGGCUACGAAGCCCACGUUCCUAGUGGAAAAAAUAAUCGGAAAAUGUUUUUUCCCGGUGACCUUUUCCGAAUUACUAUCGGUUGCCAAUAUUUGCGAAUGAGAUAUUUCGCAUGCGAGGGUGCUAUAUGCAUUCUAAAUUUUCCGAAGUUUUGACAUUUAACAGUACUGCUUUUGGUACCUAAUAAAUAAUGCGCUCUCUGCUAGGCAUUGCUUUUGCAAUACAAAGCGUUGUGUUUUGAUAGGCAUCUAAUUCUUCCGCAAGAGGUGCGCUUUGCAAAACAGGACCUCGUGAUUAUUGAGUUGAAAUCGAAUUCAGGUUAAUUUCUGCGUCCAAGAGUCCUCUCGUGGUGUAGGGGUAACGCGCCCUAUCUAAUAAACAGGUCGUGAGUUCGAUUCUUACCGAGAAGACGUGUGACUAUUUCGAAAAUUUCACAUCAAUUUUUUCAUUCACAUAAUCCAAUUGCAAAGUAUAUGUAACGUUUAGUUUUACUACUUCUAACUGCCCAAUCACAAGUUGGCCAUAGAAACUACUAUGCUUUACUAUAAAAUUUAUGUCAUUUGAUAUCAUUCAGUUUCAUAACUACUCUCUAACCAUUAUAAAGCCCAAUUUUUGAAUCGGAUAAAACCCGUAAACAGUAAAUUAGCCUGAGUAAUCUGAGCUUACGUGUUUAAGGACUGUAUCGGAAAAAAGUUGAAAACAUUCAAGGCACUUGAUCUGCAACCUUAAUUAAUUCUUUUGUUUUGAAUUAUUUUUCUACGAUAUGUCGAUUAUUUUCGAGAAAACUAUUUUUGAAAUUUGCUCCAGUUUUGCUUGGGCCUUAUAUAUAACUUAUUUCAAUACAGUCCUUAAUGAAUGGCACAAUAGUAUUCAAAAAACGAAUCUUGGAUAGUUUUGUUACAUUAGUCAUACUGAAGCAUUCCUGUAACAUUUGUAUUUUACUAUUUGAUUCCAACAAAUCUGCGUAGCAUUCCUGAAUCUUCCGAAUACAAGUCUAUAGCCUAUAGUCUAUAGCUUUCGAAGCAUAUUUGUCCCAUGUAUAUUGACAGUUCUUUAAAACGUGACAGUAUUAUGCGUAGAACAGCAGAACAACCUUUACAUCAUGUGCAAAUCGCAUGAAACUUCUUUUGCAAAACUACAAAAAUGUUAUGAUUUAUACUGGAAUUCAAAAAAUGGCUUAGAUUCUAACGUAAUUCUUCUAUGGAUUAAGUAUUCGCUAGUUAUGGUUCAAUAGUAACAUAUUGAUCCACCUUAUAAAUGACUUUAAUGGCUAUAAACACAUGACUUAUGAAAGGUUUCCAUGUAGAUUUAACACGUUAAUAUUUCUGAAAUCAUAACAUUAAUCUAGUCUAACACUAAUUAGGAAAGCUAUUACUAAUAUAUAAUCAACAUAACGUCUUUCAUACUUUCCCGUCCGUUCUCUGAGUUAUGCGUUUUCGAGUAACCCCUGGUGUUACAAACAAGAGGCAUGUUUUACCGUACUGUUUUAAAGUGAUAAUUAAAUUUUAGAAUGUUGACAAUUAAAACAGGAAUAUUAUCAAGUAGAUCUUUUACCUAAUUACAAUAUUAAAGUACACAUAGCGAUAAAACAAACAAUCAGCACACAAUCAAAUGCAAUCAGACUGUUCUCAUGAAGUAGUUGGUAGAUAAUAAUUAUAAUAUUUAUAUUACUGAAUUUAUGAACGUUGUGGCCGUACAAAACCAAACAAAAAAUAACACAUUUGUGAUGAAAUUGAAUGUUAAAUAAUUGUGAUUUUCGACGUUUAAGAUAACAUAUUUGGAAAUAUUUGGUGAAAAUAA